AUGACACUACUCUCUGCCGCUAUUUUGAGCGAAGAUCCCGAGAUAGUGCAGGAGAUCAUUGAGCACGGUCAUGGAGUGAACGACAAGGUAGAUACAGACUACAACGCUAUACACUUGGCAGCACGCCGUGCAGAUUCCAGAAUUGUAGAAAGAUUGCUACAGCUAAAGGCGGAUGUGCAUCAUCUGGGCUUCAUGCGUGACGAAAUUACACCGCUUGGAAAGGGAGGUGCAAAUGUAGAAGGUGACCCUGGGCCCAGGCAUCUUAAUGUCGCGGCCGCGCAAGGGUAUGUGGCUGCAAUUGAGCUUCUGAUCAAUCACGGUGCUAUAGUGAACGGCAGCCGGUAUGAAAACACUACAACUCCACUCCACUUUGCAGUGAGCCACAAUCAUUUGGAUUGCGUCUGCGUCUUGAUUGAAGCUGGGGCAUCAGUCAACGCCAAGAACGAACGAGGUGACACACCACUUCACCACGCAGCUGGCCCCUGCACUGAGUAUUAUAGUCAGAUGUGGCUAUACAAGGGGCUCCUUCAGUUCGCUGCAAAGAGCCAAAGGCCAGCCUGUACGGAGAUUCUACUUCAAGCAGGGGCCUCAGUGGAUGCACAAAACAGUAACGGCGAAACGCCACUCCACAGGGCAGCUCAACAUGGAUGGUUAAAAUGUGUGGAGGCUUUAACUGAUGCCGGGGCUGCGCUGGAUGCGGAAGACACGCACAACGAGACACCUCUCCAAAAGGCAGUGAUAUUCGCGCACAUAGAUUGCGUGGAAUGUUGA